CGUUAACAUUGAUCAAUACAGUCCUUCUUUUGUGAGGUUAUGACACAGCGGUUAUGAUAAAAAUUCAUACUUUUUGCGUGUUUUCCAGUAUUGCAAUUACGUCGAGCUGUGACGGGCUGCGACUUUUAAGCUAGAGAGUAGUUAACUAAUUUAAUAAAAAACUUAGUAGUAUUUCGCUGGUCCUGUUUGUAAGUAGGGCAACUUUUAUCACUAAAUUGUAUUAAGCGAGAAUGGCACAAGUAAACGGACACAGCCACAAUCAAGAUGACGGAUAUUUGCCGUACCCCAAAGGAUUCGCCACAUCUGCGAUUCACCAUUCUCAGGAACCCGAACAGUGGGAUUCUAUGGCUGUAGUUGCACCUUUAGUUUCUUCUACUACUUUCAAACAACACGGACCAGCGAAUUUUAAGCAAUACGAAUAUGGGAGAUCAGGAAACCCAACCAGAAACGUCCUGGAAAAUGUUUUAGCCAAAUUAGACAAUGCCUCAUACGGUUUAACAUUCUCUUCCGGUUUAGGUGCCAUUACAGCCAUCGCUGGACUUCUUAAAAGUGGAGAUAACAUCAUAGUAGGAGACGAUGUAUAUGGGGGUACGAAUCGUCUUUUCAACAAAGUAUUUUCUAAUUUUAAUAUUGAAGUAACUCUUAUCGACUUGGUCGAUAUAUCUAAUCUUGAGAAAGCCAUUAGGCCAAAUACUAAGUUAAUCUGGGUGGAAACGCCAACAAACCCCACCUUAAAAGUCGUCGACGUCAGAGCGGCAUCAGCCAUCGCUAAAAAACACAACAUAAUUAUGGCUGUAGACAAUACAUUCUUAACUCCAUACCUUCAGAGGCCAUUAGAUCUAGGAGCCGAUUUGGCUGUAUACUCACUCACCAAAUACAUGAACGGUCAUUCCGACGUAAUCAUGGGAUCAAUUUCUACAAAUGAUCAUGCGCUUUAUGAAAAACUGAAGUUUAUGCAAAACGCAAUGGGAAUAAUACCUUCACCCUUUGACUGUUACCAAGUUAAUAGAAGCCUGAAAACUUUGGCUUUGAGGAUGAAGCAGCACCGAACGGGUGGUAUGGUUGUAGCCAAAUAUUUAGAGACGCAUCCACGUGUUGAAAAAGUAUUACAUCCAGGUUUACCGUCACAUCCGCAACACGCCUUGUUCAAAAAAGAAACCAGUGGACAUAGUGGAGUAUUCUCUUUCGUUUUGAAAGGAAAUCUAGACGAUUCGAAAAAAUUCUUAUCAUCCCUAAAAGUAUUUACCCUUGCCGAAAGUUUGGGUGGUUAUGAAAGCUUAGCUGAGUUACCGUCUAUAAUGACGCACGCCUCUGUUCCUCCUGAAUUAAGAAAGACUUUGGGAAUUACAGAUAGUCUUAUAAGAUUGUCCGUUGGUUUAGAGGAUGUUGAAGAUUUAAUUGGAGAUUUGGAACAAGCAUUUCAAAAAAUUAAAUAAGUUAUAAUUUAUUGUUAUCUUUAUUUACAACUUAAAAAAAUACUUAUUUUUUUAUAUAUAUUUUAUAUAACGUUAAAUACAUUUUAAGUAUCUAA